AUGAUAUCUUCAGGCUUCACAAAUGCCCCUGUGAGCCAGUUCCUGGUGUUCUCGACCGUCAUUGGCGCCCUCUUCGCUACCAUCACCGACACGAGAUACUAUAUCCACAUCGCCGUAGUGCCGCACAUUUGGACGUAUGGACAGUUUUGGCGGUUCUUGACAUGGCAGGCAUGCUUCACAAACUCAACUGAAGUCCUAUUCGGCGUGAUCACAUUCUACCAACUACGUGUUAUCGAGCGACUAUGGGGUAGCAGGAAGUUUGCCUCCUUCCUCCUAGCCACACUCCCCUACACAACUCUCCUCCCUCCCCUGAUCCUCACCUUCGCUAUCCGCCCGCUCACAUUCGGACGCAUAAACUAUCUCCCGGCUGGCCCGACUUCGAUCCUCUUCGCUCUCCUAGCAAACUACUACGCCGCGAUACCGUAUACAUAUCGCUACAAGAUCUCGGCCUUUGCACCGCCCGAGCCCUCGUCGAGCGCUCAGACUGCGACUGGCAUAUGGUCUCGCAGCUUGACGCUUACGUCAAAAUCGCUGUCAUAUCUUCCGCCGCUUCAGCUGGCUCUGAGCCAGUUCCCGGGAUCCUUCCUUGCUGCAGCAGUAGGCUGGGCAGUUGGCACGGCAUAUAGACGCGAUCUACUUCCUGGCGCAUCUGGCUGGAGAAUACCAGGGUGGAUGGUUGGUGAGGAGAAGAAGAAGGGGUUCGAAGGCCUCAGGGCUAGGCUCGAUGCUGAGAGGGAGAGAGAAGGCGGUGCAGGGGCUGCAACGGGGAUAUUAGCUGGCGAGACUGGGCAGGGUACGGCGAGGCAGAGAAGAACAUUGGGUGAUAUGGUCGCGGAGCAGUUUCGAGGGAGAAAUUAG